AUGAACAGUGGAAAGGCGCACCGGGAAAGUCUGGAACUCAGUGCUCUCAAAGAAUCCAGGACGGAGGAUCCCACCAAGAAUCUGCAAGUUACCUUCGAUCAGCUUGAAGUCCGAGCUGGUCCACCCGCAACAGAUGCUAAUGGACCCCCCCUACCGCCACCACAGCCUUCAACUAAGAACUUCUACGGCUUCCUAGAUGCCGCCGACAACAGAUACAAGGCUUCCAGCAUUGACGAAGCUACCGAAUACUUUAAGAUGGGUUUGGCAAUGGACCGCAAGUUCGAUAAUGAACGAGAGUGUGAUCUUGAAUCUUCGUCUACGACUCUUGAGGAUGAACGAAAAUCAAGGUCGAAGGGGAGAUGCGGGAAGGAUCACAAGAAUAAGGAUUCACAAAGACAAGGACAUAAAGAUAAGAAGAAGGAAAAGAGGGACAAGGAUCGGAAGAAAGGAAAAGGUUGUGGCCGAAAACACGGAAGGCGACGCAGGGGCUCUGACAACUAUGAUAGCGACCCUUCGUCGUCCGACAGUUCCUCUUCCUCGUCCGAGUCACCUUACGAUGGAUGGAGCUCAAGCUCCGACGAAGAUUCCGGUGACAGCAGGGCAUACAAACGCUCUGAACGGCGUAAACGGAUCAAGAAGAGAUCGAAAAAGUCCAGGAAAUCUUGCCGAAACAGUCCCUAG